UCAAUGCUCACCCACGGCAACGACCAAAGUGACGUGACUGUCACAUUACACCGCCGGUCGGGAUGGGCAACGGACACCUCCUCGCCAUCUAUAUUUAGAUGUUUAACCUGUAUAAGCAAAUCCUAGAAAACUGCAACCAUCGGGGGAGCCAGGCGGUUUGGAGCAUUAAGGCCAGGCAGCAAUGGCCACAGUGAAAAAGGACGACAGGCUGACGAGGUCUCAGAGCUUCGUGUGCGUCGGUUUCGCCGGGUUUUUUAGCAAAACUGUCACGUCACCUUUAGAGGUGGUCAAAAUUAAAAGUCAGGUGGGCACCUUUCACUCCAAGAGGGGUUUCUGGCAAAGUUUUCUCAUCAUCUACCAGAAUGAGGGGCUUAGGGGAUUUUGGAAAGGAAAUCUCGCCUCUUGCCUCCGGUUGUUUCCCUACAACGCAGUUCACCUCGCAACAUACAGAAAGAUAGUCCACCUUCACAUGGAUGAACUGGGCUUCAUCUCUCAGUGGAGAGCCAUAUUUGCUGGUGGACUGGCCGGUGUUGUUGCUGCUCUGGCCACGUACCCGCUGGAGGUGGCAGAAACCAGGCUGAUCAUUCAAAACUGCAGGCAGCCCACAUACAUCGGCGUGGCUCACUCCUUGUCAAAGAUCUACAAGAACGAGGGGCUGCUCGCCCUCUACAGGGGAUUUUCCCUCACUGUCUUGGGUGCAGUUCCCUUUUCUGUCGGAUGUUAUGCAGUUUACAUGAACUUGGACAAGCUGUGGCAGGAGCCUCCUGUUCGCUUCACUCCCCUGCAGAACUUAAUAAACGGCUGUUUGGCAGCAGGAGUGGCUCAAACCCUCUCGUACCCUUUUGAAACUGUAAAGCGGAAAAUGCAAGCACAAAGCGCCCGUCUUCCCCAUUUUGGAGGAGUCGACGUCCAUUUCACUGGAAUGAUCGACUGUUUCAUACAGGUGAUUAAACACAACGGCGUCCUUUCACUGUGGAACGGCCUUACUGCCAACACAAUAAAGAUUGUUCCCUACUUUGGCCUUCUUUUCACCUGCUUUGAGAUGUGCAAGCAGGUCUGCCUUUACCGCAACGGUUACAUUAUCUCCCCCCUGAGCUACAAGCUCACACCGGGGGUCGACCAGAGCCUCGGGCCGAACGAGCUGGAAGAGGUCAAGCGCCACUUGAAAAACAGGAACUUUGGCUCAGGGGAUUCGUCUUUGAGAAAUCGAUGGUGAUGCUUUACGUGAAAGAUGCCUAGUUUAUUAAAAAAACGAGAGAGAGGGAGCAAGAGACUGAAAAAUGACACAACAGCAAAUCCAAGGGCAUCCAGGAGCCUACCUCUCUCAGACUUUUACAUUUUAUUUAAAAGUAUUUUAAAAAGUUGUUUACCCAUCCAUGAUUUACGAUGGCUUUUUACCCGACAUGUGCCUUUUAGGAUAAAUAUUUAUUUUGGGAGCUCUUUGCUGCAUUAGAAUCAGUGCCAUAGUCUGCUCACAUAAAAUAGUUUUUAAAAAAAUGCUCAUGGAUUCUGUGAACUCUGACCAUCAUGAGCGCCAUGUGACAGGUUAUAAUUUUAAUGUAUGAAUGAAGGCAAAAAUUUUAAUGAGUUUUAAGUUAAAGUAUGUCAUUAUUGAUGAUGUAUUCUGCUAACAUGGAAAGAACGAAAAGUGUUUGUGAGGUUUAAAUGAUUUGUUUUUCAUUCUGAAGGUAAAAACAUUGAUUUAACCUCCUGUUUGCUGAAACCCACAUUCCUCUACGGUGACUUUGCCCUUAAGUUGUCUGUCAGCAGUCUAACCCGUUUUCAAUUGUUUAAAGUUACUACGGACAUGCACCUUAUUUAAGGUGCUUGUACUUUACAAGAGUAUUUCCAUUUUCUGCUAGUUUAAACUUGACAUUGACCUCUACUGUUUUGUUUACUCCAACAAGCUACUUUUCAGAUUCUGUAAUAUGUGACGCAUUAUUAUAUGAAAAGAUAUUAACAAGAAUUUUUUUUAUAGCUGAAUACGUUUACUGGUUUGUUUCUGCAUUUUCGGUCAACUCUUCAACCUCCUCUCUUGCUUGUAGUGGUAAUUUGCUUUAGGCCAAUUUGUUAUUUGGUUUAAAGGUCUGUGUGCUCAGGUUGAGAGUGAAAUCAGUCAGGUGACUGUAUCACGUCAGCUCACGUGGGCAACUCAGUGGCAGCCAAAGGACGUUAACAGCUGGGAUGACCUUUACCAUAACUGUGAGGCCUCAUCUGCCCCAGAAUGACAUUUGACACGACCUUCAGGUUAAUAUGAAUAAGAAUAGUAAUAAUAUAACGCCGUGACGGCGCCUCUCACUUCUGUUCAGAUGCGACUUUGCAAGUUUUAAAAAGUCGCAAAAGUAAUUCAUAAACUUUCCCUCAUGCGGGGCUGAUCUCGUGCCUCGAUUUAUCUGAGUGACAAGGGAAAGCUCCAAAUCUGAAUCGAAGGUCAUCACCUGGCC